AUGUUCGACAGCGAAGAAGAUGCAUGGUGCAACAUUCCAGACUUCAACAUCCUCGACCAGAACCUCACCAUCCCCGGCUUCUCCCCUCUCUUCCCAGACGCACACUGCACCGUCGAUGGCUCCGUCUGCCAAAUGACAACCGGGCAAGGCGAGAUUAACGCCGCCGCGUCCAUGACCGCUUUGUGGAUGUCCGACUGUUUCCACUUACGGUCCACCUACUUCCUCAUAGCCGGCGUCGGCGGCGUCAACCCACAUAUCGCCGCAACAGGCUCCGUUACAUUCGCCCGCUACGCCGUCCAAUUCGAUCUCCAGUACGAAUUCGCUCAAUCCCAAGUCCCCGCCAACGCAUCAAGUGGCUACUACCCCCAAGCAGCCGAAUAUCCAGACGAAGAAAACCCUCGCGACUACCCCGGCGAGAUCUACGGCACCGAAGCCUUCGAACUGAACGACAACCUCAAGAAACGCGCCGUCGCACUCGCGAAACGAGCAACCUUGAACGACACCUCCGCAGCGCAGACCUACCGCUCCAAAUAUCCCUAUGGCCCAGCAAACCUCCCACCCACAGUCGUCGCAUGCGACACCGGCACAUCCAAUAACUUCUUCUCCGGCAGCGUCCUCGGCAACGCCUUCGCCGCCUACACCAAACUCCUGACCAACGGCUCAGGAACCUACUGCACCACGCAACAAGAAGACAACGCCACGCUCGAAGCCCUGCUGCGCGGCCACCUCGCGGGAAAACUCGACUUCCACCGCAUCAUCAUCAUGCGCACCGCGUCCGACUUCGAUCGAGCGCCGCCGGAUGAGACGGAGGUGUUCCAUUUGCUGUAUGCGGAGCAAGGGGGGUAUGGGCCGAGUUUGAGGAAUCUGUAUCUUGCGGGCGUGGAGAUUGUGAGGGAUGUUGUUGGGGAGUGGGAGAAAGGGGGUUAUAGGAAGGGGGUUGAGGCGGGGAAUUAUGUGGGGGAUUUGUUGAAUAGUUUGGGGGGUGAGCGGGAGCCGGAUAUUGGGACCGAGGGGAUUUGGAUUCAUUGA